UCUGAUGCGAUAUAUCAACUCAACUCAACCUUGAGCCUUCAUAAUAAAGUCGAUAACUCCUAAAUAAACCUCUCUCUCUCUCUCUCUUACACAAACCUGAGCAUAUUUUUGAAUCUCACCACCACAGAAUACCGAUUAAGAAGAAUAUUCGUGAAUUUAUACAGAAUAACCGGAGCUAUGGGUUCGUCUUCGACCGAAGCUUUUCCACAAAUGCAGGAAAUUAUGCUGGAGUUCCGUGCUGGUAAAAUGUUGUUUGAGGGGAAAAGGGUUGUCCCUGAUACUCGCAAAGGGCUUGUUCGCAUAGCAAGGGGGGAGGAAGGAUUGGUCCAUUUUCAGUGGAUUGAUCGAACAAAGAAUGCCGUCGAAGAUGAUCAGAUUGUCUUUCCUGAUGAAGCAGUUUUUGAAAAGGUUAAUCAAUCAUCAGGAAGGGUUUACAUAUUGAAGUUCAAUACCGACGACCGAAAGUUCAUGUUUUGGAUGCAGGAGCCUAAUGCUGAUGGUGACUCACAAUUAUGUAGCUUAGCCAACUACCACAUGAACCGACCAUUAGAGUUCCUUGGUGAAGAGGAGCCUGAUGCUUCUGUUCCUCUACAAGUUUCUGAAGAUAUGGUUGAAGAUGACAUCUCAUCGAGAGCUGGAAACUUGGUUGUCCCAAACUUCAGUGCAGAUGUAACCAGUGAAGUAAGCUCAUCAUCUGGACCAGUGAAAUUGGAAGACCUGCAACGAAUCUUGAGUAACAUUGGACCUGCAGAUAUUGCUGGAGAUCCAGAUGGAGGCUUGGGAUUAGGAGAUAUUUUGAAGCCUGAAUUGAUAAUGCCAUUGAUUGAGACAUUGCAAUUGGAAGAGCAUUUAACAUCAUACUUACCUGAGGGUCAAUGGACUCCAGAGGAUAUAUUAGAGUUGCUACAAAGUCCACCAUUCCGUCAACAAGUAGAUUCAUUUACUUAUGUACUUAAAACUGGACAGAUAGAUUUGACUCAGUUUGGAAUUGACCCAAGUAAAUGAGCAUUCACUGGAGUGAAUAAAGUCUUGAGUUUGUCAGUUCCUUAUUCUCUUGGAUGUUAGUAGAUGACAGGAGGCCCUCAAUUUCUUGGAUUCCAUGUAUUGUUGGUUUUAAGUUGCUGAUGCCAAUGGGUAUAUAAUCUGUAUGCUUCAACUUUUUCCCUAGAUUAUUUUAAUAUCUUUUUUAUUAUUUAUGAAAAUAUUAUUUGUUGUCAGAAAAAAAUGCAAGUGCAUUGUAAGUCAAUGAGCUCUGCCUUAAAUGGCAUUUCCUCCUCUCAACAGUAGAUGAAGGGUUCAU